GUUACAUAUAAAAUCACACGAGUUACAUUUUAUUGAGAGUCGAGUCGGUUUACUACAUUUGAUUAAAAAUAAUCUGGGUUACACCAAUAAUGCUUAAUGCCCAACAUUUCCAUGUUAGUCGAAACAGAUUGGACUUCUUUUAUACGGAGUAGUACUUAAGUAAUUAAUUAAUUGACGGGAUAACUACAAUUAGCAUGUGGAAUACCAAUCUGUCAAGUUUUUAAGCUUACCCCUUUAUGUCUCUAACAAACAUCCUUUCUAAGAGAUCGACUUUCCUAACACUCUCCAAAUCGCCGCCUUUAUUCACCGCGGAAAAAUGUAUCAUCCGCCACUAUGCAUUAUUGCCGCCUGCUAUGCACUAUUAUUGGGAACCACUCCGGCCAUUCACGGCUUGGAGACGGCGUAUGACAUAUUGCAGGAAUAUGACUUUCCCAUCGGCAUUCUCCCAACGGGAGUCAAGAGCUACGAGAUCAACAAAGACACCGGCAAAUUCGCAGCAUACUUUGACGGGUCGUGCAGCUUCACCAUAAAGGGGUAUACCCUAAAGUACAGUAACAAGAUCACAGGGACAAUCUCUAAGGGCAGACUGAGUAACUUGGGUGGUGUGCAGGUGAAAAUAAUGCUUUUCUGGCUGAAUAUAGUGCAGGUCACUCAUGAUGGUGAAAAUCUGAACUUCUCUGUUGGGAUAACAUCUGCUGCAUUUUCAGUUGACAAUUUCUAUGUCUGCCCCCAGUGUGGCUGUGGAUUUAGCUGUCUGAGCAGGGAAUCCAAUCUUCAUAGCCUUGUAUAUUCUUCUUGAUUUUUCUAUUGUUUCCUGAUGAAGAAUUGUGCUUUUAGAUUCUUUUAUAAGAACUACUUCCUUUAUUACUUGAUCAGUACAGAUAUAAUUAAAUAAAGUCCGUUUUUUUCUGAGUAUUCAA